CCUUUCCCAACUCCGACGCCGCCGAUUCGAGACGUGAACGUUCAAAAUACGAUCACAUACACGUCGCAAACUAAAUCCGAGGAAACCAGCGAUUCCUCUACUUCCUCGAGUCCGAAGAAGCCUCGUAACGUUAAUCCACGAUCGAGAAGCGACAUCACAGCGCCUUACAACCGUUUGGCAUCUGGCGCACAUGUGACCAUCCCCUCCCAUCUGCCAUCCACCAUCCACCCUUUACGACUUUCUUUGUGCUGGGCAACGCAUCCCCGCCCAAUUAGGUUGUGAAUAUCGAAAAGACGGCUGAAAAUACUUGGAAGAACUCAAAGUGAGGGGCUGUAAGGCAUAGGGCGACUAUUCCACAUUCAACGUUACCGAAACCCAGUCCUUGUAGCCAUAUAGUCUUUAUUUGGGAUACAAGUACAACACCAUGUCGAGCUCCGCCGGUGGAGGGGACUCCAAAUUGUUUGCUCGAGUAAGCCUUCCCGUCCUUCUAUCAUGUCUCAGCCUCGUAGGACCUGAGGUCUUAUAAGUCCUUGAACCUCCACUUCACUGAAACUCGACUUUGUGUCUCCUUUAUCCCCUCCUGCUUUUGCGCAGACCUUGUUGCGCGAAGGCCUUCGUUGCAUCAGAUCAUAUUUCCUGUUCAAUGUCACUAUCGAUACAUGGUGUCGCAGCGCUGCGAACCAUGUGAUGGCCGCCAUGUUUCUCGCAUAUAUGCCCCCAAAAUCACUUUAUGAUGGCCCGAGACUAAGUAAUAUGCAGGGCAAAGUUGCCGAGCUACGCCUCGAGCUUAACAGUGGAGGAAAAAAGGACAAGGCCUAUACAGGCAAGAAGAUUGCUCUCAAGAAGAUUGUCGCAAAUAUGACAAUGAGUAAUAAUGACAUGGUUGCCCUAUUCCCCGACAUCAUUGGAUGCAUGGGUAUCCAGAGUUUGGAGAUCAAGAAGAUGUGAGCAUUUCGAUAUCCGGAACUCGCUCAGAAGCUUAUGUCAAAUAGGUGUUUCUUGUUUCUGGUCAAUUAUGCAAGGAUAAGACCUGAGAUUGCCGUCAAGGCAAUCCCUGUACUGGAACAUGAUAUGGAAGACCACAAUCCUUUAGUACGGGCACUGGCUCUCCGAACAAUGUCCUACAUACAUGUCAGAGAGUUUGUUGAGGCUACUGUCCCAAUAGUCAAGCAUAUGCUGAAGGACAAUGACCCAUAUGUGCGAAAGACGGCUGCUUUCUGCGUCGCCAAACUUUACGACCAUGACCGACAUAUGGUAGAGAACUCGGACCUCAUUGAUCGUUUGAACUCUUUGCUACGGGAUGACAACCCCACAGUUGUUGCAAGCGCUCUGGCUGGACUCAUGGAUAUCUGGGAACGUAGUGACGCCAUCAAACUUACCAUUGACUAUAGCAAUGCCUCCAAGAUGGUGGCCAUUCUCCCUGAUUGCUCCGAAUGGGGUCAGACAUAUAUCCUAGAGGCUCUGAUGUCCUAUGUGCCACAAGAAUCCGGAGAAGCGAUACUCCUAGCGGAACGAAUAUCACCACGACUGUCACAUUCUAAUUCGUCGGUCGUGUUGACCUGCAUUCGGGUGAUUCUGUAUCUGAUGAAUUACAUCGCCGAUCAGAAGCAAAUCUCGGCUCUCUGCAGGAAGCUCUCACCACCCCUAGUCACACUUCUCGCCAAGGGUCCUGAGGUUCAGUACCUCGCUCUACGAAAUGCUUUAUUGAUUCUCCAGCGACGGCCGGAAGUGCUCCGAAAUGAUAUCCGUGUCUUUUUCUGCAAGUACAACGAUCCUAUUUACGUCAAGGUCACAAAGCUGGAACUCAUCUUCAUGCUUGCCAACGAGGACAACAUCGAUGAGGUGCUGACGGAACUGCGAGAAUACGCCACUGAAAUUGAUGUUCACUUCGUCCGCAAGGCAGUACGUGCUAUCGGUAAGUUGGCAAUUAAGAUUGAGCCAGCUGCACGACGAUGCAUCAACUUGCUCCUCGAGCUUGUAGCAACCAAGAUCACAUAUAUUGUGCAAGAAGCCACAGUGGUUAUCCGAAACAUCUUCCGAAAGUACCCCAACCAAUAUGAAUCCAUCAUCAGCACUCUUUGCGAGCAUCUGGAUUCUCUGGAUGAACCGGAGGCCAAGGCAGCCAUGGUUUGGGUCAUUGGCCAAUACGCAGAUCGGAUUGAGAACAGUGAUGCCUUGCUAGAAGACUUCCUGUACUCGUUCGCAGAGGAGCCUGUCGAAGUGCAGCUGGCCUUGCUCACAGCUACAGUAAAACUGUUCAUCCAGCGACCUACCAAGGGUCAAGAAUUGGUCCCCAAGGUUUUGAAGUGGGCAACUGAAGAGACGGAUAAUCCUGAUCUUCGAGACCGAGCGUAUAUGUACUGGCGCUUGUUGUCUACAGACAUGAAUGCGGCGAAGCAAAUCGUGAUGGGAGAGAAACCAGCGAUUACUGCUGAGUCAGAAAGACUGGAUGCGACGACGCUAGAGGAGAUGUGUCUGAACGUGGGAACUCUAGCAACAGUUUAUUUGAAGCCGGUGCAGACUGUGUUUAGAUCUGCUCGACCUCGUAAACUCCAGGACUCCCCCGCAUUGCAGAAGCAAAACCUCCUUGUUGCUGCAGACAGCCAAAAGAGCAUAAGCAUGUUUGGCAACGCCGGAGCGGCAACAGAUAUCGAUCCAAGAAGCCGAAACCCGACAUCAGGCAAUGGUCAAGGGGACCUCGCGCAAGCAGUCAACGACGCAGAUGCCUACUUUUCAAGUAUCGGAACGCAGCAGCAGAUGCAACCGAUGCAUGAUCAAGGGGACGAUGUCUUUGGAGGAGGUAAUGGCCACUCGACGGGAUACGUGGUGAGCGCACAUGCACCUCAAGCAGUUCUUCAACCAGCUCAGGGUGCUGGCAGCAAUGGUGAUUUGUUAGUGCUAUAAGUGAGUGAUACCUUUGUAUACUAGCGAUGGGAGGCAUAGUCAGAAGCCAAGCCGUUUAAGCAUGUCCAUAUUAGGCAGGAAUUUGUGAUGGAACUUUGUGGGAGGACAGUCUGGCGGUGCGUCCAGCUCCAGGGUACGCCCAAGGGUUGCUUCAUACUCAUAUGAAAUUAUUACAUAUUUU